AGGGAAUUUGCGGGCUUCUAGCGCAUGCGCAAAUGUACUUGAAGCCAAACAAAAAGACGAGGACCGCAUGCUAUGGUUGUUAAAGUCAUAUGAUUCACAGCAAAUAUAGCAACACACAUAUCUUUAUUUGCAUUUUACAAAGCUAGGAAACGUGCAUUGAGUUGGGAGCGAUAUCUGAAGUGAAGAUUGAAGACGUGAUAGAAGAUGGACGACUACUGCUAUGCUAAGAUGGCGACGUCAUGUCAAAGAGAAAGUGAAAGAGAAUCAGCGCCACCAACUUCCAGCAAAUCACCAACGGAGACAAAGACCAAAGAUGAAGACGUCCAGCAGCUGAUGAGUAAUCCAGAAGAAGUUUCCCCUCAGUCAGGGGGGAGCUCCACUUUGAAGCAGGAGACUCCACAACCACCCUGCAUUAAAAAGGAAGAGGAGGAACUCUGCAUCACUCAGGAGGGAGAGUGUCUUCUAGGACGAGAGGAAGCUGAUUACACCAAGUUUCCACUGACUGUUGUCUCUGUGAAGACUGAAGAUGAUGAAGAGAAACCACAAGUAGACAACCUCUUAGCUCCACUAUCAGAUAGUGAGGCUGAAGACGAAGUUGAAGUAACUUUGAGCAGCGAUACAGACUGUGAAGGUGAUAUGAGGACUCACACUGACAACAAACACUCUGAAUGCUCUUCAAAGAAGAGAGGUAAAACAUGUUUGAGCUGCUCACUUUGUGCUGAAAGUUUUACUAACAAGAGCAAUUUGACUCGACACAUGAGAACACACACAGGAGAUAAACCAUUUAAUUGUUCAGUUUGUGCUAAAAGCUUUUCUCAAAAUAGCAAUUUGACUAAACACAUGAGAACUCACACUGGUGAAAAACCAUUUAGUUGUUCAGUUUGUGGCAAAAGCUUUUCUCACACUAGCUAUUUGACUAAACACACCAGAACACACACUGGUGAAAAAACAUUUAUUCGUUCAGUUUGUGGCAAAAGUUUUUCUCAAAAUAGCUAUUUGACUGAACACAUGAGAACACACACUGGUAAAAAAACAUUUAGUUGUUCAGUUUGUGGCAAAAGCUUUUAUAAAAAUUGCUAUUUGACUAAACACACGAGAGCACACACUGGUGAAAAACCAUUUAGUUGUUCAGUUUGUGGCAAAAGCUUUUCUCAAAAUAGCAAUUUGACUAAACACAUGAGAACACACACUGGUAAAAAACCAUUUAGUUGUUCAGUUUGUGGCAAAAGUUUUUCUAAAAAUGGCUGUUUGACUGAACACAUUAAAACACAUAGGUGAAAAACCAUUUAAUUGUUCAGUUUUUGACAAAAGUUUUUCUUGAAUUAGCUCUUUGACUGAACAUAUGAAAACACACACAGGUGUAAAACCAUUUUGCUGUUCGAUUUGUGGUGAAAACUUCUCCAUUAAGAACCGUUUGACUCAACAUAUGAGAACACACACAGGUGAAAAACCAUUUAGUUGUUCAGUUUGCUGUAAAAGGUUCACACAAUAUGCAUACGCAGUAAUACACAGUAGAACACACAAGGGAAAAUAAGCAAUUAGCUGUUUAGUUUGUGGUAUGUUGCUCAUAUGUGGCGACAUCCACCCUACCCAGGACCUCCUCACUGCUUCUUUCACAAAUAUCUGAGGUAUUCAUACUAACUUGGAUUAUUUGGAGCAUAAUCUUAUCUACUCAUGACCCCAUGUCUUCUCUGUAUCUGAAACCUUCCUGAACAGUAAGAUAGAUGAUGCUUCAAGUGCUUGGUUACUCCUUCUUCAGUCCAGGGACCUGGGGCCUCAUGUGUCAAGUUUGCGCAUGCUCAAAAACCUGCACUACACCCUUUUUCACUGCAAAGUUGAAAUGUAUCAAAACUGAUGUUGACGCAUAAGUGAUGCUGGGUAACUGUUUGCUUAACAAACUGCCAACUUUUCCUCCUCAGACUAUUAAUGUUCAAAUCAGAGACAUAUGAACAAUUAACCCCCCCCCAACCCCCACAUCCCUUGACAUUCGGGCAUAACAGGUUCAAUACGGCCUGAGAUAUGAGUUUGUGAAGUGAAAAAUUCAGCUGCAUUUUUAAUGAAAGACUAUUCUGUUGUAAUUGUGUCUACUAGAUGUCGCAAUAGCAAUUCUGUGAGGCAAGCAAAUAGUUUAUACCGGGGCGAGCAAGUAAACCAAGCAAGAGGUACACGGUAAAGCGGGGCUGUGACUCCUCCCCCUCCAGCCAACGUAAAAGAGGAGUAAAAUAAUCAAUCAGUAACCCCACUUCAAAUGCAGCAUGAGACACUGCACACUGAUAUAGUUCUGUGAAAAUGAUUGUCUUCUGUGCAAAUGUAAAGAAAGUGAACAGUGUGUGAUUUACUGCAAUACUGUCACUCUUUCAACUUUUUAUUUGUGCUUUGUUGAAAUUGUUCACACAUUGCACUGCUUUUAUUUUUCUAUCAAUACACAUUAUGUCUAGAAGACAGGAAGUAACUCAACACUCUUGAAUAGUUUCUACCUCAGUGUGUAUGGUUUGUUGAGUUAGCACAGGAUUAAUAUGUGGAAAUGACAAAUGAGGUAGUUGAUACAUAGAAUAGCUUUCAUUCAUGCUUUAUUUUGUUUUUUGUUCAUUCCAGAUGGGUUGUGACUUAGAUUUAAUGUCAGUGGUUCUAUUAAGUUCAAGUUCAUUGGGUUCUUUGAGGUGUUUCUGAAAAUGCACCAUUUUUUCUCCUCUAAAUGUUCAACUACAAACCCCAUCUUCAUAUAAGAUAGGAAAUUGUGUUAGAUGUAAAUAUAAACGGAAUACAACGAUUUGCAAAUCAUUUUCAAGCCAUAUUCAGUUGAAUAUGCUAUAAAGACAACAUAUUUGAUGUUAAAACAAUUUUUUUUUUGAAAAUAAUCAUUAACUUUAGAAUUUGAUGCCAGCAACACGUGACAAAGAAGUUGGGAAAGGUGGCAAAAAAAAUUGAUUAAGUUGAAGAAUGCUCAUCAAACACUUAUUUGGAACACCCCACAGGUGUGCAGGCUAAUUGGGAACAGGUGGGUGCCAUGAUUGGGUAUAAAAGCAGCUUCCAUGAAAUGCUAAAUAAUUCACAAACAAGGAUGGGGUGAGGGUCACCAAUUUGUAAGUAAAUUGUCGAACAGUUUUAGAACAACAUUUCUCAACGAGCUAUUGCAAGGAAUUUAGGGAUUUUACCAUCUACGGUCUGUAAAAUCAUCAAAACGUUCAGACAAUCUGGAGAAAACACUGCACGUAAGCGAAUAUAUUACGGACUAUUGAUCCCUCAGGCGGUACUGCAUCAAAAACCGAAAUCAGUGUGUAAAGGAUAUCACCACAUGGGCUCAGGAACACUUCAUAAAACCACUGUCAGUAACUACAGUUUGUUGCUACAUGCAAAGCGAAAGCCAUUUAUCAACAACACCCAGGAACGCCGCCGGCUUCGCUUGGCCCAAGCUCAUCUAAGAUGGACUGAUGCAAAGUGGCAAAGUGUUCUAUGGUCUGACAAGUCUACAUUUCAAAUUAUAUUUGGAAACUGUGGACGUGGUGUCCUCCGGAAAUAAGAGGAAAAUGAUAAUCCGGAUUGUUAUAGGCACAAAGUUGAAAAGCCAGCAUCUGUGAUGGUAUGGGGGUGUAUUAGUGCCCAAGGCAUGGGUAACUUACACAUGUGUGAUGGUAUGGGGGUGUAUUAGUGCCCAAGGCAUGGGUAACUUACACAUCUGUGAAGGCACCAUUAAUGCUGAAAGGUCCAUAGAGAUUUUGGAGCAACAUAUGUUGUCAUCCAUGCAACGUUAUCAUAGACGCCCCUGCUUAUUUCAGCAAAACAAUGCCAAUCCACGUGUAACAACAGGGUGGCUUCGUAGUAAAAAAAGUGUGGGUACUUUUCUGGCGCACCUGCAAUCCAGACAUGUCUCCCAUCGAAAAUGUGUGGCGCAUUAUGAAGCGUGAAAUACGUCAACAAGACCCCGGACUGUUGAACGACUUAAACUGUACAUCAAGCAAGAAUGGUAAAGAUUUCCACUUUCAAAGCUUCAACAAUUAGUUUCCUCAGUUCUCAGAUGUUUAUUGAGUGUUGUUAAAAGAAAAUGUGAUGUAACACAGUGGUGAACAUGCCCUUUCCCAACUACUUUGGCACAUGUUGCAGCCAUGAAAUUCUAAGUUAUUCAUUGUUUUUGAAAAAAAAAAAAAAGUUUAUGAGUUUAAACAUCAAAUAUGUUGUCUUUGUAGUGCAUUCAACUGAAUAUGAGUUGAAAAUGAUUUGCAAAUCAUUGUAUUCUGUUUAUAUUUACAUCAAACACAAUUUCCCAACUCAUAUGGAAACGGGGUUUGUAAUUUGAAAUGUUUUGUCAAGAGGAUUAUGUGUGAUGUGUACAUUUUCAGAAUGUGCUUGUUCUAUUUUGGGUCAAAGUAAAUCAAAUAAAUUAACCUGAAGUUGUCGUAGUUGUAUUUUUAAGUUAUCACUCCAUUAUUUUACCCGUCCUGCACACGUGGAAAUAGAUUUUCCUCCACGCAGCCCCUGAGCUAAAAUUGGUUUGACUCUCCUGGUUUGGGUUAAGAUGUUUGUAAUGGGGAAAGACGUUAAUGUGUCUUGUUUUCAUGUUUGCAUUUAAGAUAGUUGACAUUUGUUAACUGGUGAUUAGUGAUGUUAAGUGCCUAAGAUGGUAGUUAUUGAUUAGCAGUGCGAUGAGGGCUUUCUGCUGGUGAGUGAUUAGCACUACAGUUAGAGCCACCUAUCGCCAGGUAGAAAUGAGCAGUUUCACCAACAUUUUGAUGUGAAACCAUAUUACUAACUGUCUGCUGUUUUACAGGAUUCAUGGAAGUUUAUUGUCAUAGCAGCACACGAUACACAUGAGAUGGCACACAAUUUAGUAGCAGGUGAACAAUAGGAUUGGUCCUGGUGGAGAUCUACACUCUUAGUGCUUUUCUUCUUUAUUCAGAGUCAUGAUUGGACUUUCUAAAGGUUUUUAACUAAAACAACUAAGUGGGUUGAAAAAUAUUUCAGUGUUUCUUGUAGUAUUUAAAAUGUAUGCUUUUUAGUUGAGACAACCCCAAAAGGGAUAAGCGGUAGUAAAUGGAUGGAUGGAUUAAUUUUUGUCUUCGAUGUAUGACCUUUUUCUGGUUGGAACAACAGCAAAUAAAAAUGUCUGCACAUGCUAGUAUAUAUAUAUAUUUUUUAUUUUCAAAGAGUAGUUGUCGAUUAUUUAAAGGCCUACUGAAAGCCACUACUAGCGACCACGCAGUCUGAUAGUUUAUAUAUCAAUGAUGAAAUAUUAACAUUGCAACACAUGCCAAUACGGCCGCUUUAGUUUACUAAAUUACAAUUUUAAAUUUUCCACAGAGUUUCU